AUGUACCUCGGUUUGAGGCGCCCCCUCGCCAACCGAGUAAACAAGGCCGGCCAGCACAACACAUCUUCUACUAUCUAUCUGAAUGGGCGCCAAAAUCCGAGCAUGGCUUCAACGUCGAAUUGGAGAUCGGAAUUGGGCGCUGCAAAUCGCUACGAAAACAUAGAGAAGCUGAGAAGGAGCAUCGAGGCGAAGGGCUUAAGCUCGACUGGAACGGCACACAAGUCAGCCUUUGCCGUGGAGACAGAGGCCUACAACACAUCUGAGUCGAGGGAAGCAUACGAUGAAGCAUGCAGUGCCAUCAUCGAUGAGCCUCCUCCGGAUCUCUCCUUCCCAGAGCACGAACCCACCACCCCUGGCCUCCCCAUCGGCAACUACUCAUCCUGCCAUCACAUUGCCGCAGGCCUGAUAUCAGAAGUCUACCAAAGCAAGCUCCUCGCCCUAAAAGUCAUCACCGAAACCCGUAAUAUAGAGCCACACAAUCCCCUCCGAGAAGCGAAGAUCCUCACUGAGCUCUCCCACCGCUCCAUCAUCAAGCUCACCGAAACAUUCAAAGACCAAGAAGGCCGCUUAGUUCUCGUCUUCCCCUUCGUCCCUCUGACCCUCGCCAAAGUGAUUGGUAGAGGCGCAGUACCAGAAGAGAUUACGAAAGCAUGCUUUAGAGAUCUAUUGUCGGCGCUAGCUUAUUUACAUGAAAGCGGCAUUAUCCAUCGCGACAUCAAACCUUCUAAUCUCCUCCUCGCAUCCAAAACUGGACCAGCGUAUCUCUCCGACUUUGGCACGGCAUGGCAUCCCACCCUCUCAGCCGGCGAUGAGCCCGCCCACCACAAGGUCCUCGAAGUAGGCACAACCUGCUACCGCGCCCCCGAAACCCUCUUCGGGAACCGAGCUUACGGCACGAGUCUCGACAUGUGGGCCGCGGGCACCAUGCUCGUGGAGUGUCUGCGGAAGCCGCCGACGCCGCUGUUCGAGUCGCGAGAGACGUCUGAGGAUGGGAAUCAGCUGGGUCUGAUUCUGAGUAUUUUCAAGACCGUAGGCACGCCGACGGAAGAGAUCUGGCCAGAGGCGAGGGCGUUCUCCACGCCGCCGUUUAAGUGGUAUCAGGCGUUUCCGGGCAAGUCAUGGGAGGAGCUGCUUCCGGGUGUAGAUGAGCAUGCGAGGGAUCUAGUCGGGAGGCUGGUGUGCUUUGAGAGUGGGAGGAGAGCUACUGCUGCGGAGUCAUUAGCACAUCCUUAUCUUAGCAACACCAGAUAG